CCCUUCAGAUCGGUUCUUAUUGCGCUACGGACACUGUGUGCAUCUGUGAGACAAUAUCUGGUGUAUACUUAAUGAUUUAAGACUUGAUCUUUGCUGGUUCCUCACGCCUGACUUAGGACGUCCAACUCACGGCCCGACACACAAGUCAAGAGUACCAGCAGAAGACCCGCCACGGGAAAUCAGAGAAAAGGGAGACCUUUCUACCUCGGUGUUCUCUGAGAACAGUUUUUAACUCCCCCUCCCCCACCCUCCCCGCAGAUGCGCGGCGCUGGGCCCAGGACAGGAGGUGAUGUGUGAUCUAGAUGACCUGGCCAACCAAUCCCUGGGCUAUGUGACAGAGCUGAGUGAGGAGAGCACAGCGUUGGUGUGGGAGUGCAAGCAGGCCGAAGAGGAGGAGGAGGAGGAGGAGGAGGAGGAAGAGGACGGAGAGGAGCGCAGAGGAAUGGGAGUGGGCCGGAACACCACCUCCAAAGCCAUGGACUCCGCGGGAGAAGGCGGGAAGUACGAGGAGGACAGCAAGCAUGCCGCUGACUUCUACCCCAUCCCCGUGGUGGUGAACGGGGUGAGCCAGCAGGCCAAUGGCGAACAGGACACGGAAGACACUGAGCUCAUGGCCAUUUACACUAAAGAGGAGAAGGCUACUGACAAGUGCUCCAUGUCUGACACUAUGGACAGUGCGGAGGAGAGCGAUGGGAUGCCGAGAAUGGACAUGAUCUACACUAUAGAGGACACACCUCCCUGGUACCUCUGUAUCUUCCUAGGUUUGCAGCACUACCUGACGUGUUUCAGCGGCACCAUAGCGGUCCCCUUCCUGCUGGCCGAUGCCAUGUGUGUGGGCUUUGACCAGUGGGCCACCAGCCAGCUCAUCGGCACCAUCUUCUUCUGCGUGGGCAUCACCACCCUCCUGCAGACCACCUUCGGCUGCCGUCUGCCUCUUUUCCAGGCCAGUGCGUUUGCCUUCUUGGCCCCAGCCAGAGCCAUUCUGUCCCUGGAGAAAUGGAAGUGCAACAACACAGAUAUUCAGAGCAGCAACAGCACGGAGCUACUUCACACAGAACACAUCUGGCAUCCACGGAUACGAGAGAUCCAGGGGGCGAUCAUCUUCUCCUCGUUGAUCGAGGUGUGUAUCGGGGCGCUGGGUCUGCCGGGGGUGCUGCUCAAGUACAUCGGGCCGCUCACCAUCACGCCCACCGUGGCCCUCAUCGGACUCUCCGGCUUCCAGGCCGCCGGCGAGCGCGCCGGCAAACACUGGGGCAUCGCCAUGCUCACCAUCUUCCUGGUGCUGCUGUUCUCCCAGUACGCCCGUAAUGUCCAGCUGCCUCUGCCCAUCUACAAGGCCAAGAAGGGAUGGACCUCGUACCGGCUGCAGCUCUUCAAGAUGUUCCCAAUCAUCAUGGCCAUCCUGGUGUCGUGGUUCCUGUGCUUCAUCUUCACCAUCACGGACGUGUUCCCGCCGGACAGUGACCAGUACGGCUACUACGCCCGCACGGACGCUCGCCACGGGGUGCUCGCCGCCGCCCCCUGGUUCAAAAUACCCUACCCCUUUCAGUGGGGCUGGCCCACAGUAACUGCUGCCGGGGUGAUUGGCAUGAUGAGUGCCGUGGUGUCGAGCAUCAUCGAGUCCAUUGGAGAUUACUACGCCUGCGCCAGGCUGUCCUGUGCCCCACCGCCCCCCAUACACGCCAUCAACAGGGGGAUCUUCAUGGAAGGGGUGGCCUGUGUCCUGGACGGAGUGUUUGGCACGGGGAACGGUUCUACCUCCUCCAGUCCCAACAUCGGGGUGCUGGGGAUCACUAAGGUGGGCAGUCGGCGGGUGAUCCAGUACGGCGCGGCCAUCAUGCUCCUGCUGGGGCUGGUGGGGAAGUUCAGCGCGCUGUUCGCCUCUCUGCCUGACCCCGUGCUGGGGGCGCUGUUCUGCACACUCUUCGGCAUGAUCACCGCCGUCGGCCUCUCCAACCUGCAGUUCGUCGACCUCAACUCCUCGCGCAACCUCUUCGUCCUCGGAUUCUCCAUCUUCUUCGGCCUGGUCCUGCCCAGCUACCUCAAGACCAACCCCCUCGUCACUGGUAUCAGUGAGAUUGACCAGGUGUUAAAUGUGCUUCUGACCACGGCCAUGUUUGUGGGAGGUUCUGUGGCGUUUUUGCUUGACAACACUAUUCCGGGUACUCUGGAGGAGCGUGGGAUCCGUAAGCUGAAGCGCGGCGUGGGUCCGAGCUCGGCCGAGGUGGAGGGCCUGCGCUCCUACGACCUCCCGUUCGGGAUGGACUUCCUGCGGCGGCACAAGUGCUUCCAGUACCUGCCCAUCAGCCCCACCUUCGCCGGCUACCAGUGGCAGGCCCUGCGCUCCGGCUGCCGCAAGCGCGGACCCCGGGAGGAGGCCGUUCCCACGGCGACGCCCGGCGAGAGCGGCGUAUAGCGCACGGGGAGGUGCCGAGAGGUGACACCUCCCACCCCCCCUCAUAAUCCCCCCUCCCCCCCGCGCGGCGACAUCUUGGAACAUUCCACACAAAACCCCCACCCCUGCUGCCCUCUUAAUUUAUGUAUUUCCUCUCCCCUUGCCCUCUCUUCUACACACACACACACACACACACAUGCUCACACACCCCAACACACACACACACUCUGCCUCUGUGAAGUGCUUCAGUCUGGAAGAGACCUACAUGUUCCUCAGAGCAGUUUGCUGUAAGUGGGAGCCCCCCCGACGGCACACCUUUUUUGGACCUCUUCUGUUGCUGUACUUCGGUCUCCUCUCGCGCGCGGCCCCGUUCCGAGAGGGGCUGUGUUGCAGGGGGGACUCUGUUUCUGGUUGCACCUCUGUCGUUGUGUGGCUGUGGCUAUGCUAGCAUGUUAGCACUCCUUCCCAGGACCUUGUGCAGCCAUCAGCUCUCCCCGUCCGCCCAUCCUCCGGUUAGCCUCCGGCCGGCCUCCGGUUAGCCUCCGGUCAGCCUCUGGUUUAUCUGCCUCUCCUCAGGACCGGUCAGUCUGUCUCUUUGGCUCUCUUUCUCAGUGGACGCCACACACUAACCCAGACUCCGCACACUCCUGCAUGGAGGAGUCAGCAAUCUCCGGACUGUACACACACACACACACACACUCUGCCCUCACUUAGAAGCACCUCAAAACUUUUGGACGGAAUCACCACCAGACUCUACAGUCGGACUUCCCAAUCUAUCUCUAUGCCCUCUCCACGCCUACCCACAGACACACACCCUCUCACAACUAUCACUCUCUCAUUCUGUCUGGCCUAACGGUCAGCCUCGUGCCCAAACAACGCAACGCAGCGCAACGCAGACGACUUCAGACCGGACCUGGUCAAUGUCCUCCAGCAGCUCAGGACACCCACAACCAUGUUAGAUUUACAAUUGUCUCCGUGACAGUAUUUUGGGGAUAUUUUGGGGAUGCUUGUACUUGUGUGUGUGUGCGUGUGUGUGUGUACGUGAAUGUGUGUGUGUGUGUGUGUGUCUGUGCGCGUGCAUGUGUGUUUGAAUGAGAGAUGGGUGAUGGGUGGUCAGACUGUGAUUGAUAUCAUCAUCAUUUCAGCAGAAAAACAUUUCAAAGCUGUAAAAACACCAAACAAAGUAAAUAACCCAGAUAUGACACCAGAGAAUUCACUACUCAGUCCAAGGUCCCUCUCUAGCCAACAAGAACUUCCAGUCCGUGCACUGAAUCAUGGGAAUUGUAGUUUAGAUGGGGACAUACAAAUAGAAGGGGUUUGGUUGAAAGUUAAACAAUACUAAUGGAAAAUGCAUGUUCAGCAUCAACACACUUACACACAUGCACAUAUAUGCGUGCCUGCACACUCACACACACACACGCACACACACACACACACAAACACACACACGUUCCACAGAAAGUCACACUACAUGAGAUACCACACAAAUACACAGAACUUAAAUGCAUGCUCCUGGACCGAUGCUCCAGUUAAUGCAAGUGGCUUGUGGAUAAUGAGCUUAGUAAAUGCACAGUGAUUUGUGAUUAGUUUUGCACUACCUGUUCAUGCUAGAGCCCACGCAUAGAGUGACAUGUUUCCUUUCGCUCCCCUCACGCCCUCCUCCUAGCCUAUCGCUUUUGGCCCCUGAGGACCCUCCAGUGCAGACCUAGCCCUGCCCCGCCCACACAUUGGUCUCCCCAGAGGAUGUCUGCAAGGUUUGGAAUUGUUACACGCAUCCGCUGGGGGGCUCCCCAAUCGCUGUCAUGAAACACAUUCACGCAUGCACAUUGCGAUGGUUACCGUUUGUGCUGCUGGAUGGCCACUUGGUUCUCUUGGUUUGAGAGUGAUCCUGAUCACCAGGACCUGUCUGAUGCCCCUGCUGUUUUUUAAGGUGCAUGUUGUGUGUGUUUGAUGGGCCGGGGUGAGUCCGUCCGUCUGUCUGUCUGAAGCCCAGUGGUGACAGCAGGACGGACACUAGGGCCUCAGGUGUUGUUGGCGUGUGGUCAGCCACCAAAGGAAGGGAGUGUAAGGAGACGGGACGACAGGAAGUGACACGUCACAGAUCAUCACUGGGGGUGUUGACGACCCAGCUGAUGUCCUGACGCCCUGACUUCUUGACUUCCUGUAGGUCAAAGCAGGACUUUCUUGUACAUCACUGAGACGAGGCCUUUUAAGAGCAGUGCCUCUCUCUCCCACCUCAACGUUUACGUCUACCGAAGCCAGAGGAUGCUGGGAAAUUGCCCAGCAUGCAUCUGGUGAUGUCAGUUAUUUGUGAAGCUCGGCAGCCUUUGCUCUGCGAGAGAUGACCAGACUCGGCUGGUUCUGGGGGCUUGUCUAGACCCGGCCCGUUUCAGAAUCAAGAGUGGCGCCACUGCCGCUCCCCAGGCUAUUUCCCCGAGCUUCACACACUCCGACUACCUGCCCUGUAAGGCCGAGGAGGGAGUAACACUUGAGAAGGGGGGUGCUGAUUAUAGAGAGCAGGGUUCUUAUCAAAACACCAGGAAACACAACACCUGUGACGUUGAGUGCCAGGGAAGUGUAUGGGGUUCCUGAACAGUCCGGACAACAAACAGUCCUCUUGGCCGUGAAGCCAUUUGACGUCGCUGACUGUCCACAGUCUUUGUGACGGUCUUGGCCCUUCAUGGUCAUGUUCAUGCAGUUGUCAUUCAGAGCUCCUUUUUAAGGGGUUAAUUAUGUUUGGAUUUUAUUCAUAAACAUCUGUUAUACUAGUUAUCUCUCCCUCCAUCCAUCUCUCCCUCCAUCUCUCCCACAUCUGUAUUCCCCAGUUUGAUAUAGGAGGGAGUUAAAUCAAGAGGCCUUGGCGGUGUAGUCGAAAUUGUAAUCUUAACCAAAUUACCAACAUUAGUGACGUCAGGGCAGACUGUGGUCUGAUGCAAUGGGUCAAACCACAUUUGGACCAUAAAUGCUCUUGAUGGUCUGUUAAUUUAUUUAUUUAUGUCGUAGAUUGUCAAUUUAAAUGUCUGGUGCAGCUGAUGGCUAUGCCACGUUGCGUAUUCAGGGAAGGUUUUUGGAGACGCACCACAACCCUUCCCACUUCGUUACAACUUCAGUUACAAUCCUCUUGUGAUCACGUGGCAAUCUCGCUGUCCAGUAGCGAAUGGGCAGGUUUUGAUGAUGCUGAACAGACGGCUCGUAUGUCUCACCAACAGACAUUAGUGAUCCAGACAGACAUGUGUGAAUACUGUCUGAAACCGGUGCUCUAACAAACAGGCAUUCCAAGAACAGCUGGAAACUAGAUGAACAUCACCAGUGAGUGAGUGUGAACACCAGCUGAAGCCGUUACACCACCUGUGGCCACAAGGGGGCAGCACCACCACACACAGUCCUCCUGGAACUUGAUGUGCCUCCUCACGUCCUCACGCUGGAGAGUCUAAUUUGUGUUUGGCACAAAUCUCACACACCCUCAAAGUUCCUGUCUAUGCGAGGAGCAUCAUCACACAAAUCAUUUCCGUUUCUCUCUGAGAUUUUUUUUGUUUGUUAGUUUGUUAGUUUGUUUGUUUGUUUUUAUUAUUAAACGUUUUUGGUGACGAUAGGGAUGUCACAUUGGCAGUAUUUUUGGACCUGACUCUCCACUCUUAGCUCUGCAGCCUGACCCUGCGAUGACGCCAAAUUGCUCACGUAGUUUACCAGGGGGGCGUGCCGAGCAAGCUGCCCCGAGGGUCCCGUGUCGCUAGUUUCGCUGUGUGGCGCUGGCUGCCUUGUGUACGCGAUCUGAACGCACGGCCGAGACGACGCUAAGAACUAAAGGCUCAGUGUUUUUAUUUGCUUGUUUGUUGUUUUUGUCUAUUUUUUUGUUUCUUUUUUGUUGUCUUGUGAGGGGGGUGGGAAUAGGGGAGGGAAUUUACGGCAGGCACUUUGACCAGUCACCUCUAUUGAGAGAGGUGCUUUCUCUCGAGUUGGAAGAGAAAUGAACGAGCGAAAGAGAGGUUAGGCAAGACUUCUUUGCGUUAUGCGCACCAAUGCAAUGCUCCUGCAACCCUCACUCUUUGUGAAUGCAACUCUAUUAAGUAUGGUGUACGCAUGUUUCCAGUGCCAAUCAAAAUCCUCCCCCUCACACACACACACGCACACACACACACACGUAUGCACACCCUCCAGCCCUUAAACCUUGCCCUCCAUGCUUAAACUGAUAGACACACACACAUACACACACACACACACACACAUAUACCUUUUCUUCUCGUGCACCUGUUUGUGUUCCUGUCUUUCUUACUCUGUCAUCAGACGUAUCCAUGGUGAUAAUAUUACUGGAUGCAGAAUUGUAAUUGUGAUUGGCCUGCCUUGGCAAGACCCCAUCACCUGCUGUGAAUCGCACCUGGGCCCCAGCAUCACACACACACACACACACACACCAAAGGAGGGCAGCCAUUGGCCCAUUAGUCAGGCUUCCAUUACAAACUCCUUGUCAUUAUGCCCUGGCACACAUAUUAGUGACACACACACACACACACACACACACACACACAAACAGUUUUGGAGCUUUUUCUGGGGCUCUGCAAACGGCUCAGUGAGAUUGGUCAGGGGGUCACAGGUCAAAGUUCACAGUGUGCGAUGGGUCUUGUUAAGGUCGCCACCAGAGGGUGUCUCAAACUAAAAGAACCCUUCAAUUUUUGUGAGGGGGACGAUAACCAGAAGAAUAUACUUUUGUCUAUCUCAAGUGUUUUGAAAAUCUUUUCAAUGUUUUAUCUCGUUUUUAUAUAUAUAGGCAUAUAUAUAAAUAUACAUUGUUUUUAUGUUUUUACAGACAAAGAAAUGUUUGUAAGAAAGAAAUCAUGCAUCUAAUCUUAAAUCAUUGAGCUGCAAAGCGCACCAGUUUUGUUACAUUUUUAUUUAAGUGUAAAAAAUAAAGCUUUUUUUCUUUUCUUUUUAAAAUCAGUAAAUUGGUGGAAUACUUUUUGUUAGCUAGAAUGUUUUCAUAUUGUAUUUUUCUAACAUUGCUUCCUGUUCCAUGUUAAUACUAGUACUACAAAGAGAGGAAAAUAUGUCUAAAUAUAUCUAUAUUGGAUUGACUACCAAGUGUGUUCAAACCUGGACCAGGCCUUGUGGAUACUAAUAGUAGCAGCAAAUGUUUAAUUCUGUGUUCCUAUUCCUAUUUAAUAAGAUGUCACUGAAUGAA